AUUUUUUACGUCAAAGCGUGUUUGAAGCUUCUUUUGCAAAGGCACUCGCGAGUUUCCAUCUCGUAGGAUUCUCGUCAAUUUCACCCUUUAUUACGUUUCUCCUGCGCGGCCUCCUCUCGACAAGGGACCUUGCAUAGUCGCCAAUAACCCCUUUUGCCUGCCUCGCUGCCGCCCGCUUCAUCACAUUACCCCGUGGGGGAUCGACUCUGGAUCCGACGGGCCUGCCCUCGACUUGCAAAACACUGGCGCUGGUGGAACUCUCUGUGUCAUCACUCCGAAGCCGCAGAAACCUUGUCUGAUAAAAAGGACUGCCUUCCCCGGCCCAUCUCGGACGCACCCCUUCAAAACACAUUCGUCGCUCCCUCAAACAUCAUCAACAUGGCUGAGAACACUGCCGCCGCACCGGACAGCAACAUCAACAGCAACCAGGCAAACGAUGCUGCCGAUCUCGAAAACAACAAGAAGACCACGGGGUCCGACUCGGGCACCGUGAGCACGCCUGAAGACGACCAAGAAGAUGCCGGCAACCAGACAGCAAAUUCAGAGCAAGCCGCUCUGAUCGACUUCAAGACCCUCGAAUGGUGGCAGGGCGGCAUCAUUCUCAUUGCAGAAACCGUCUCCCUCGGCAUUCUAUCCCUGCCCUCGGUGCUGGCCAGCGUCGGUCUGGCCCCCGGCAUCGCGCUGAUCGUGCUCAUGAGUGUCCUGUCGACAUACUCGUGCGUCGUGCUCGGCGAGUUCCGCAAGGCGCAUAUGGACGUGGAGAAUUUCGGCGAUGCGGUUGAGGUCAUUAGUCACUCGCUCGGUCCCCUGGCGGCCAAGGUGCUCCAGGAAUUCUUCGGCUGGGCGCAGAUGAUCUUCCAAGUGCUGGUCGCCGGAAGCCACAUUCUGACAUGGACCAUAUGUAUGAACACAUUGACCGACAGUGGUGCCUGCACCGUUAUCUGGGCCUUUGUCGGUCUGGGGAUUUUCUGGUUCCUCAACUUCCCGCGAACAUUGAGCUAUGCCAGCUACAUGUCGAUUGCAUCCUGCCUUUCCAUCGUCAUUGCGACUUUGAUGACCGUGGGUGAUGUCUCGCGCACGCGUCCCAUUGGCAAUGGCCACAUUGACAUUGCGCGCUCGCUUGGUCUGCCACCAGCCAUGCUGGCUGUGACCAACAUUGCGGUUGCUUUCUCAAGCCAUUCUUGCUUCUUCAGCGUCUAUGGCGAAUUCAAGAAGCCUACCGACUGGCCCAAGGCGCUUGCCCUGCUCCAGAUUGUCGACACGUCGCUCUACCUGAUCGCAGCCAUUGUCAUCUACUACUACGUUGGGCCCGACGUCCCAUCACCCGCGCUCUCCGCCGCCGGCUCGGACGUCAUGCGCAAGGCCAUCUGGGGUGUCGCCAUCCCGACCAUUGUCAUUGCUGGCGUCAUUUAUGGUCACGUGGCCGCCGAAUACGUCUUCACCCGCAUCUUCCGUGGCACCAAGCAUGAGAUCAGGCGCACCUGGGUGUCCACCGUCUCCUGGCUGGCCAUCACCUUUAGCAUCUGGCUCAUUGCGACGGUCGUCUCACAGUCGAUUCCCGUCUUCAACAGCCUGCUCGGCCUUGUCGCGGCCCUGUUUGUGAGCUGGUUCUCCUACGGGUUGCCCGGCAUCUUCUGGCUGUGGAUGCACCACGGCAACUACUUUAACAAGGGGUGGGGUCAGGUUGCCCGUUUUGUUGGCAACAUUGUGUUGGUCGUCGUCGGUGCACUGCUGUGCGUCCUGGGGUUGUGGGCGUCCAUUGAGGCCAUUGCCCAGGAGAAGGGGAAUCAGCCUUGGUCGUGCGCGAGCAAUGCGGCAUAGAAAGCGUAUGCAGUUCGUAUCAAUCUCAUGAUUUUCAGUGAUUUAGAUUGUCGACGCUUGAUCUGAUCUGAGUGAGGUCACAAUUGAUGUUAACUGGGGUGGGCGAGCCAGCAGCCGGAAAAACUAUAUGCCGGCUCUGUCCACAGCGCUCCAGCUGCGCCACACCCGCGCCACACCUGCACAGCCACGUUCUCAUGCGUCAUUCCAGCUCAGC